AUGCCAAUAACUGAAACUCGUUGGCAAAAGCCGCAUACAGGGCGGUACAAGUGUAACAUAGAUGCUUCGUUCUCUGUUCGGCAGAAUAAAGUUGGAAUAGGAAUGUGUAUACGAGAUGAUCAAGGACAAUUUGUUCUAGCCAAAACUGAAUGGAUGUCACCCAUCACAAAUACUGAUAUUGGUGAAGCUCUUGGUUUGCUUAGCGCUCUGAAAUGGGUUCAUGAUUUGCAGCUAGAAAAUGUGGACUUUGAACUAGACUCCAAGAAUGUUGUUACAAGCUUUCAUAGUAAGCACAAUAAUGUGUCUGAGCUUGGUGAUGUUAUUAGAGAUUGUGUUCGUUUGCACAAAACUUAUUUUAGAAACUCUAGUGUUGAGUUUAUUAGGAGACAAGCCAAUGAGGUUGCUCAUGCUCUAGCAAGGGUGGCCACUUCUAUAGCUAGUUUCCACCUUUUCAUUGAUAUACCCACUUGUAUUGUUAACAUUCUAAAUAAUGAAAUGCUAUAAACUUUUUACUGUAAA